AUGGACGAGAAGGAGGUUGUCGCUGGCACCACGGCCACAUGGGUCGAGGAGCGGUUCCCAGACAUCGUGGUGGGGAUCGAUUUUGGUAUGACAUGUACAGGCGUCGCAUACACAAUCGGACCCGAAUGGGGCCCGCCGAAAACCGUCCAACGCUGGCCCGGCAAACUCCUCAGCGAACUCGCAAACAAAGUCCCGACGAGCGUCCUCUACGGUAGCGACGGCAAAACAGUCAAGGAAUGGGGGUUCGGCUGCGACACGGCCGAAGACCAAGUCGCGGACGUCAAGGAGUUCUUCAAACUCCACCUUGCGCCGCAGGGCGGAGAUGGAGCUGAUACUGAAAUGGCAAAGGGAAUGCGCAUCACGCGCAGAGAGGCGCAGCGCUGGUUCCAUGAUUAUAUAUCGUGCAUAUACAAGCAUGUCGUGUCGCAUUUCGAUAGUACGAUUCCCGGCUUUUCCAAGAUGCGCGUGGAGUUUAUAUUUAGUGUGCCGACGACGUGGAAGGAUGUGAGGAUGAUUGAGGAGAUUCGGGGCUUGGUUGAUCAGGCGAUUCAGAGCAAUGGGCUGAAUCAUUGGGCGUGUAUUGGGCUCACCGAGGCGGAGGCGGCGGCUGUUUAUGCCUGUCGGGGCUUCUAUCAGCCGCAAGAUAUCGUACUGGUUUGCGACUCGGGUGGUGGGACGACGGAUGUGAAUGUGCUGAAGCUGAUAUCAGCACGAGGAGCGCCGGUCCAGCUCGAGCAGCUCGGCAGUGUUGAAGGACGACCCAUCGGAUCCGUUUUCAUCGACAGGGCAAUCCACAAACUUAUCGCAUCCCGAUUAUCCAAAGUCGAAGACCAUCUAUCACAGCCCGCUGGCUUCGUCGCUUGGAAAAUGCUCUCCGGUCGCUUCCAACGACUCAAGUGCGCAUUCGGAACCGAAGCAGCACGCACGCCAUACCUUAGUCUAGAAGUGCCAUUCUUGAAAGAGUCCGGUGCAGACUUGCCGGCUGCUGGGAUACAGGGGGGCAAUAUGCAGAUUGGAUGGGAAAAUAUCCGACGCGCAUUCGACAUCAAAGUGGACGAAAUGUGUGAGCUGCUCGAUGGUCAGAUUGAGCAGAUGCAAAACAAGUACCCUCAGAACCGGAUUUCAUAUCUCGUUUUAUCCGGCGGCUUCGGCAGCUCCCCCUACGUGAAGCAAUGCCUGCAGGAGCGAUACGCGAUUCCAGGCGUGGCCAAGCAUCCGAAUAUCAUCGGCGUGCAGGUACUCAUGGCGGAAGAGCCUCAGCUAGCUGUCGUGCACGGCUUGGUCCUCGACCGGAUCCAACAGUUGAAGCGAGGCGUUGUCAUGUUUGGCUCUCGAUGCUCACCGAUCAGCUACGGAAUCGUCUGCGACCUCAUCUAUGACGCCGAUAAGCACCUAGGCGAGCCUGUGCGGCGCGAUCCAAGAGAUAACCGGCUAUACGCGGUCGACCAGAUUGAGUGGAUUGUACUACAGGGCAAGCCAGUCCCCCACACCGGAAUAACACAAGACUUUCAGCUAAAAAUGAAACCCGGCGAAGAACACCUCCCCUGGAAAGUACACAUCGUCAUGUCACCCAACGCCGUCGAGCACCUCCCGCAAAGCAUGUCGCGGCAGGGCGCGCAACACGUCUGCAGUCUCGACAUCAGCACGGACAAUGUCGAGCGCAAGCUGAAGAAUAAGCGUUGGUAUAGUAUGCGGCCGAGAUAUUGGCGCGCGACUUUUGAUGUUCGCGUCGUUGUAGGAGCGGCGGAUCUGACGUUUCAGCUUUGGUCCAGGGAUCAGCGCAUUAGGAGUGGUAAUCACGAGCCGAUUAAGGUGCAGUGGAUGCCGUCGGCGGUGGAUGAGGGUGGUUAAUGAAUUUGAAGAGUUUAUGUUCGAUUCCUGCAGUGCUCUCGUAGGGAUAUAUCUGAUUGACGGUUAUUAGCAAGAUACCCAGGAAAAGUAUACGCCGCUACCAGGAUAUCAGAGGGAUUGACAGCCCCAACCAAAUUAUCAUUCAGAAACUACUAAACAUACACUAUCACAAAUCCCAUACCUAUGCAUGCACCCUCUAAGCUGCCAUCCGCUCAACUCUCUUCUUCAACUCCUUUUCCAACUCAAUCCCGGCUCUUGUAGCCUCAUCAAGACUCUCCUCCGGCAAGCCGAGCAACUCAUUCUGCGCCUUGCCCGAGUGCUCACCCGGAUCCUCCGGGUAAAACGCCCUCGCAUAUAGCAACUUGCUGAACCCAGCCAUAUUCCCCAUCUUGACCUGCGCCAGGCCAUCCGCAUACCGCUUCUUCGUGUCCUCGUGCGUAAUCGUCCAGUCUGCGUCAGUCGUCCCAGUAACGUGCUUGACGCUCUCAAACAUAUCCCUCUGGCUAAGGACGAAGCUCUUGAUAUACACGCCCUGAUUAAGGAACGCCGACAGCGUCAGACUCUGGUCCCUUUCAUCCUCCGGAAGAACCUUGAGACUAAGAACAUUCGCAACUGCCCGUCCAACCUGGACAAGGGUGGAAACCGAAGUUCUCGUGGUUCCGUCAUCAUAAAACGUCACAGCCCUCUUGUCAAAAUCAAACCCAAACCGACUCUCCCCACCGCCAAGGCUGUAGUCAUACCAGAACCCACAGCAAACCGUAACCCACUGCAUGCCCAGCCGCUCAAUCUCAUCUCGAGCCGCCUUCGCCACGGGGCCGAGCAGUGUAUCGUUAC